AUGCCAAAGUCAUUGAAACCGAGCUCUGCGAAAGACUCCAAGUGGGCGCCGCGCAAGAGGGCGGCCUCCUUCGCUGGGCUCUUCCAAAAUCUAGGGAAAUUCCUUCCCAGUCAUCGUCCCGAACAAGGCGGAACGCUUCGUCCCGAGUUGAACCUCAGUGGAGAAUCUGGUUACCAUGAUCUUGGAAUCAACCCCGAAGAGUUGACACAGUGGAAUCUCGCUGAGGAUCUACCCCAAACCCGUUGUGCGCACACCGUAGCUCCUGAAUCUGUUCAGAGUCAUCGGCGGGCUGCCAGCCUCAGUCCUCGCAAGUUGAAACCUAGAGUCCCAACUCCACAGUCCCAGACGCAGUCACGCCUAGACAUCAGACGCGGCAAGCUCCCAGAAAAUCGUGCUUUCAACCUUUAUUUGCCGCCAGUGGCCCCUGGCCGAACCGAGAGCCUCUCUGCAACUGACGCAAGUGCUCGCUUGGAAGAUCGAGAACGAAUUCGUCGACAACGCCGCGAGCUAAAAGCAAGCGGAGACUGGCUGGGGGUGACUAGAGCUGACCCCUUGACUGGAAACUUCAAUGUCUUAACACCUACCAACAGCAUCAGCUCGGAUACGACAAGUCCCUCUACACAGGAGAAGAUGGGGAAGCUCAUCAAAAGCGUCGAAGAAGCAAAACUCGCGCUUGCUCGUGCGACGACUCAAGCCGAAGCCCAGAGGGAGAAAAUAAAUAUGGACAGAGACCAGGCGAGGCUGGACAAAAUGGAUCGAGCGAAAGAGAGGAUCAAACGCCAGCAGGAAUCCAUGAAAUUGGGUCAUCGUCGAGGACAAUGGUCUUCUGCCGCGAAGCCCAACUUGAGCCCCAUUGCUGCGUCGUUGAAUAGUACUGCCCCUAGCAAAGACGCCGAGGGUGAUAUUCAAGUCGGGUCGCCCAGCAGGACCGCAAACGACAGCCAUGGCACUGGGCGAGGAACUGGAAGAAGACACGCACUCGAGCCAGCCCAACCUCGGCAACAUCAACAUCACCGUAAUGAUUCCACGGAUACAAUCAUUCAUACGCCGGCAAGACGCAGUAGUAAUCGUGUAUCUUUUGCUGACCCCUUGCCUGAUCCCUCAUUGUCCGCAACGACCUCGAGUAUUCAAGAUACAAAGCCAGCUGAAGAUGACAGUGGGAAACGUUUUUUAUGGGGACGCGACCGGGGAUUGACAGACCCAGGGGGGUACAGCGAAGAUCGAGCUACAGCGAUCUCAUCGUCGAUGACAGAGUCAGACCUGAAGUCCCAGUCAAUCUCCCCAAAGAGCUCGACCAAACAGGAACACUUCACCGGCCUCACAGUAGAGAUUCCGGACCAUUAUCUGGGGCUCAUAAGCCCAGAGCCGGACAUAGAGCUCGUGAGUUCGGAGGAGGGGUCGAAUUAUGCCCUGAGCCCGUCGGAAGAGUGCCGCUCGGAAAGCACUGCGGAGAGCAGCCCGGUUCUGCAGCCGCUCGACCUACCCAAGACGCUGGUAGACAGCCAAGCCACCGACAUAGCUACAGCGACCUCAUCCCAGUCGAAGUGGAAAGACUUCAUGAGGCGUCCCUCCACCCCCCCAAGGUCGGGCCCAAGCCCGUCGGUUACCGUUCAAGCCGACGAGAAUGGCCUCGCUACCCAGGUCCCGCGCCGGUCACGCAGCAUAUUCCAACGCCAUCGCAGAACAUUGACCAGCCAACAAGAACUGUCAGGAGAAACCCUAGUUACAGAGACGAUACGCCUCCCACAACAAGCCCAGCACGAGCGCAGUCCCGAAUGGGCAGGCAAGGUGAUUCAAAGCUUCAACAGUUGCCUCAAGACAGUCCGCCGCGAAUCUGUCUCCAUACCCACCACCACCACUACUGGUUGCGGUCCCGAUCGGCCGAGCCAGCCAGAAAUACCAAAUCAGGUAGUCCAAGUCGACGGACCCGCGCACGACACCACCGUGGCUCCAGCGACUCCGUCGUCGCACAAGCUGCGAGACCACAUCUGCAGGCCGUCGGCGCCCACGCCAAAGGAAAGGACGACGUAUUUCCAUCGCACUAUACCACGGAGCGUCUCGCCGAGUCCCACGCGCCUUCUCGCGACUCUAAGGACCGAUAUUGCAUCAACCCGCGUUGCGACACCAAGAAGCAACCCCAAGUCGGCCAGGUUAACAACGCCAGUGAUUCGCAAGACCAUGAGAACCGGCGACGGUCAACUGGACGCCCCAAGCCUUGGACAGACGGCCAUGAUUCCUCUCACCGACCCAUCUCCGCCUCGGCCUCCGGUCCCACCCCCGUCGCCGUCCCAGCCAGCUCAUCAGCUCCGACUAUCAGAAAGCGAAACCGCGGCGCGAACAGCUAUGCAGAAGUCGCAAAGCAACGCGGUGGAUAUGCCAGCGCAAGUGACGCCGAAGCUGAGAAGUCCGAGUUCUAUGGUGUCCACCCUCCGGAAGCCAACAGACGGCAAAGCGACCAAGAAGGAGACCGUCAAGAAAGAGGACAGCUCGGUAGAGGGAGCGGGAGGCAAGACAGCUGCAAAACCCGCCCACAUUGUGGAGAAGCCGGACAAGAAACAAAGCCCCAGCCAAGUAGGCAAGGCAGGCGUCGCAAGCACCGGCGCUCCUUCCAAAGACCUGCCCCGCAAGCGUGACGCCGUCAUGGAGAUCUCCUUUUGGUGUCUGGUCGUAGCGCAUCUGCUCUAUAAAGCAUGGCAAGCAUGGUGGAUUGUGGUGCAGCCGGCCUUUCACAAAAAGUCAGCCCUGUGGCUGCGGAGGCAGAAGGAGGAGACGACCUGGCAGGAUCUGGCCGUCUUUUCCUUGGCCGCAGUCUCGUGUGUCAUGGGUGUUAUAGUAGGUUUGGGUGGACUGAAGAUCCUGCUCAAGGUGUUGCUGUGA